AUGGAGGGGAGGAGGGGUCGUGAGGGGUGGGAUGCAUCGCCCUUUUAGCUUUAACACCGUCUCUCUCUCUUGUGCCCGAAGCCGCCGGUUGUGGGGCCAGAUGGAGCCCUUCCAAGGGAAAAAGGAGGAGGAGAAAAAGGAGAACUUCCUGUACUUUGCUUAUGGCAGCAACCUACUGAGAGAGAGGCUGCAACUCGGAAACCCCUCGGCUACUUUUUACUGUGUGGCCCACCUGCAGGGUUUUAAACUUGAUUUUGGCAAUCACCAAGGGAGAAUAAGUGCUUCUUGGCAUGGAGGCAUAGCUACCAUUACUGAGAGUCCUGGAGAUGAAGUGUGGGGAGUAGUAUGGAAAAUGAGCACUAACAAUUUAUGUUCUCUGGAUAAGCAAGAAGGGGUUGGAAGUGGAAUGUAUGUUCCAAUAGAAGUUAGUGUUCAUACCCAAGAAGGAGAAGUUCUCACCUGUCGAAGUUACCAGAUGAAUGAUUAUGUUUCUGAUGUUAUUUCACCGCAGUACAAAAAAGUUAUCUGCAUGGGAGCAAAACAGAAUGGCUUACCAUCUGAAUAUCAAAAGAAGUUAGAAGCCAUUGAAACCAACCACUACAAAGGAGCUGUGAAAAUUCUUCAAGAAAUAGAAGAGGUUAUGCAGUAGAGAGAAAAAUUCUCAGAACAUUAUGUAAAAUAUUUACCUCCUAAUUAAUUUUAACUUCUGUACUUUUCUAUUUAUUAUAAAGAAAAAUGAACAUGUCUAA